ACAUUCUGUUGGAAAUGACGAUCUUUUUGAGAGCUUCUGCAUUCUGUUGUUUCUUCUUUGUUGCUGUAACAGGUCUGCAGGUCUCUUACGAAAACUACAAACUAUACCUCGUUCGGCCAGAGACACGUGCUCAACUGGUUCUGCUUGAGAAUGGCCUCAGCGACGCUCAUCAGGAGGUUGAUUUCUGGAGCCAACCUAGCAUCGGCCGCGAAUCAUCUGUUAUGGUGAGCCCGACAGCGGAUGAUUCAUUUCAAGCAUUGUUACGGUUUCACAAUAUUUCAUAUGAACUACGGAGUCAAGAUGUUCAAAGUAUAAUUGACCACGAACGGAUUAACCGGAGUCGGAGGUUGCGCAGAAGAAGGGCUGUAAAUGAACCGAUACAGUUCGAUCAUUUCUGGGAACUUGAUGAAAUAUAUGGGUACUUGGAUUACUUGGCAAAAAUGUACCCGGAUGUGGUGCGUGUGAAAAAAUACGGUACAACCCACGAAGGUAGACCGAUUAAGGUUAUCACCAUUUCGAAGAGUGGUGAAGUUAGGCAGGACCGUCCUGUCGUUUUGAUUGACGGAGGAAUCCAUGCUCGAGAAUGGGCCGGCCACAUGUCGGUGAUGUAUUUGAUUCAUCAAUUGGUUGAAAACUCUACGGAAAAUAUGAAUCUGUUGAAUAAUACCGAUUGGGUAAUAAUGCCAGUUGCCAAUCCAGAUGGGUACGUCUAUUCACAUCAAACCAAUCGAAUGUGGCGUAAGAACAGAGCCCCGGUAAAUUCUCUCUGCCAGGGAGUUGAUCUGAACAGGAACUUCCCCUUUCGUUGGGCUUAUUAUGGCGGGGAAUGCAGUAUUGGCUAUGCUGGUUCCACUCCUGGCUCUGAGCUGGAGACGCGCGCACUGAUGUUGCUUAUGGCAAACUACGCUGGGGCUACUAAAGUUUAUCUGGCAGUACACUCGUGCGGUGACUAUAUUCUGUAUCCGUACGGUUACGAUUACGUGCUCGCGCCAAAUGCCGACGAGUUGCAGGAACUGGGUGAAACUGCGGCGCGUGCCGUCGAAGCGAUUGGUGGGCCCAAGUAUGAUGUGGGCAGUGCCGCCUUCUUGUUGUAUCCGGCCAACGGCAGUGAUGAUUUCAUAUACGGUAGCUUCGGAGUAAACUAUUCGUACACGUUGGAGUUAUCUUGUGGCGCCUCUGGCGAUGGAUUCAUAAUUGAAUCAGGUGAAAUGCAAAAAAUCGCGAAAGAAGCGUUCGAAAUGUUUAAAGUGUUCGGCGUGUUUGCGGGAAGUCAGGUAGUUUAAACGGUACUAAUCUUAUCGCCAUCGAAUUGUUCAAU